ACUGUUUAAAACAGCGACGAAAAUUGGUUCUAAGGGUAGGUGCGACUUCGUAUUGUUUGUACGUGGCAUAAAAGACCUCCCACUCAUCAAGAAGGGCCCCUACGCCUCGUGCGUCGGUUUCAACAUGGCGAAAAUUAUUAGCCUUAGUCUACUGGCCUUUUGUGCGUUGCUUCUUCCUACAUAUGGACAAGAGGCGCAACCACAAUUAGCGGACCUAAAAACGGGAGGCGCAGGUGGCGGAUCUGCAGGUUCGGGUUCAACAUGGCUGCCCAGACCAGGUUUGGGAAGAGGUUGCCGGCGACGUCGGGAAAUUGUGAAGAGAUGCGUGAGCAGCAGCUGUGGUGAAUACAAAUGCUCAGAUCUCCACCGCUUUAGCCAGAGAGUGUGUACAGCUGACUGCCGAACCGGGUGCUUCUGCGCAUGGCCCUUCUUCAGAAACAAUGACGGACGUUGCGUACACUUCUGGCAGUGCUACACUUACAGGCGUCCCAGACGGCCGGCACUGUCUGGUAGCAUAGGCGGCGCAGUCGGACCGCAGCCUGGCGUGGACCAGGGGGAUGGUGUAUUGGGUGCUGGGUGGCCCACCACACCUGGCUUUGUGCCUGGUGGUGCCUGGGGAGGCCCGAGUGGCGUACCGAACAGUGGCUGGGGCUCUGCAUAUGGGCAAUAUCCCGGUGCCUGGGGCGGAGCGUCAUAUCCUCAAUAUCCUGGAAGCUGGAGUUCCCCAGUCGGCAAUGGGGUUUUCGGAGCAGGCAACGGGGGUUUCGCAGUUGGCAACGGAGGCCUCGGAAGUGGCUCCGGUGGUUUGGGAGUUGUGAGUGGUGGCGUCGCAGGUGGCAACGGUGGCUACGGAAUCGGUAGUGGGAGCUUCGGAGUUGGUGGCGGUAGCAGCGGGGUUUCGGCGAGUGGAGCCGGCAUCAGUGGAAGCACAAGCGGUGGCCUCGGCAGUAUUACUGGCAGCGGGGCUUUCGGAAAUGUCAACGCGGGCGCGACCAAUGUCAAAGUUCAAGGUUGAUGAGCAACAGCAUUUAUGAGUCCAGUGACCAUCACGAGCGAUUCUUUCAGC